AUGUUUCUUAGCAAGUAUGGCAUAACACAUUCUUUUACACCACCGUAUACGCCACAAGCGAAUGGAUUAAUUGAACGAGCAAAUGCAACAAUGUUAGCUGUUCUAUCAAAAUUUGCAAAUUUAGAAUUUACAGAUGAUUGGGAUCAGCGUUUACCAAAUCUCAUACUGUCAAUUAAUACUGCAAAACAAAGUUCUACUCAAUUCUCUCCUUUCUUUUUACUACACGGUUUUCAACCACGCAUAUCUAUUGGAGAAAUUCAACUUGGCACAGUUACACAGGACAUAUCACGUUUAGAGAAAUUAAAUGAACUGAAUGAAGCUAGACCAAUUGCAGUAGAUAAUAUAAAACAAACUCAUGUUGAUAACAAAAAACCUUUUGAUAAACGCAGACAACCAUUUAUGUUCAAAACAGGUGACUUGGUAUUGUAUGAAUGGGACCAAACUUCAGACAACAAGUUAUCACCUAAAUAUAAAGGUCUGUAUACAAUUGUCAAACCAGUUGGUACAGUAUGUAUUAUCGUAUAA